GCUCCAUCUUCCGCUAGUUGCGUUCUGUCAGCAGAUGCGGAAAAAGUGGCGUCGCGGAAAAAAGUGCUCGUGAGGAAAAUCGGAUGCGUUGGUUCGUUUCGUGGUGUGUUUAGUGAGUGCUAGUGGUGUUAGUUGGUUUGCAGUUGGCUGGCUGGAUGUGAUUUUACAUUGUGAUGUGUUUUGGAAGUGUAACCGUGCUGUAGUGGAACGCUUUUCCCAUCCCACUGGCUGCAUAUUUGUCAACAAACCGAAUAGGGUGACCAGCGCAGCAGACAGUCAGAAUUGUUGGGAAAUGCAGGGAAAAUCGGAUCGGUUCUGAGGAGAACCCUCAUGGUUACUCGGAUGGGUACUCGGAUCGAUAUAACUUAACCUUUCAGUAGCUGAAACAAACCGGACCGAAAUUUUGGGAUAAGCGAUAGCGCGUCGCCGCACUGAAAAUCAGCUGACCGACGUUGAGGAUUCCGCUUGCAAGAGUGGUCCGACCCAGAGACAUUUGUCGGCUCGAGCCAAUUGCACUUGAGUUUGAGUUGCUCCAGUGGCGGCAGUGAUUUAGUCCGGCGCUCAGGUGUGUGCGGCCUUUUCUAACAACGCGACACACACACACACUUGUGAUUAUGUAAAAACGAGUCGCGAAGAUCGUUUGCGGUCGCUUUCACGCACGACCGCAUCAGCGUGAUAUACGCGGACGCUUAAACAAUCACACCGUAGAUUAACUCUGUUUUUCAAGGGCUACCGGCUGGGCAGCGAAAAGAGGUCACCGACGACGACCACAGCGACGACACUUUUUGAUUUGGGGAGCCGCGCGUGACAUCGAAUAAACCAUGAAGCUGCUCCGCGUGCGCUUACCGUGCGUGUGAUAAUGCAAUUGGGGCCAAAGUGCGCCUGAGAUUCGGAUGGAAUCGACGGACACGACGACGACGACGACGACGAGCUAGUGAAGUGUUAGUUUUAAGCAAUUGCUCAUAAGUGAAAAGCAGAACUACCAUCGAAAGUGUGCGAGAAUAAUUUCCUUCGGCGAACCGCCAGCAAAGGGCAGUCCCAGUUGUAAUGCAGAUGCCACGUGAAUCGCAACAAAAUUGCGCAUCGUGUGAUCUGUUGCAAUAGGAGGCUACUGCGCUGGGCGCCAUCAGGCAAUGGCCGAGAGAAACGGAACCACGAAGGGCUUCAAGCUGGAGCAGCCGCAAGCGCACCAGCAGCAGCGAACCAAAGCACCCGACGGAGGCUGGGGAUGGAUGAUUGUAUUUGCCUACGGUCUGGCCAAUAUCAUGAUUGUACCGGUGCUACAAAGUUUUGGCCUCAUCUUCAGAGACACGUUUCGGGAAAUCGACAUUUCUGCGACGAAAGCGUCGGUGAUCAUUAACCUGGCGUCGGCCGUUGGUAUGGCGCUCGGAUUGUUCAACGGACCACUGUUGCGAAGGUACGGCUUCCGGCGGUUAGCCGUGGCCGGUGGGUUCCUGUUCUCCGCUGGCUUGAUGCUGACAUCCUCGGCCGUACAUUUCGCCCAUUUCAUCAUUACCUACAGUAUUAUAGCGUCUCUAGGGAUGGGAUUCUGCAAUUCGUCCUUCUCGCUGGCACUCAACACAUACUUUGUGGUGCGGCGUAAUAAAGCGGCCGGAAUUGCGAUGACCAUCACCGGACUGGGACCCAUCCUGUUGCCCCAGCUUGUGUCGCUUCUUCUCGGUCUGUACGGUGCUCGGUACUGUCUGCUUAUUAUUGGUGCGUUGGCCACACACAUCAUUGCUGGAGGUUUGUUACUGCAACCCGUCAAGUGGCACGCGGUGAUCGCACCACCGGUGCCUACAACGCAGCUGGAUACUGCACUGGCGCUGCCUUGUCCACGGACGGAAAUCAAUAUCAAACCCAGUACGGACGAUUGUGCCGAGAAGGGUACCGAGGAAGCCCAGGAAGACGAUGAAUUGUUGGAAAAGUGUAGAUUUAUCGAUCACGAUGUCGAUGCUCAGAGCUUGUACGGGUUCGAGCUAACCUCACAGAUGCGCCAACGAGAGUCGUUCUCUCAACCCCCAUCGGUAGGGUUAUUAUCAACCGCGCCAGGGUCGCACACAAUCCAAAGAACUAAAAGCGAAGUGCUUGCUCCCGUUCGACAAUGUCCCUCGGAAACGCGAUCCCUGAAGGCUGAAGCAACCGCCGCCACGCAACCGGCCCGUCCCCUACGCUGGUUUCAAUCGGGCUCUGCGGAAAGUGUACAUCUCGGCAGCUCGCUCACCAUGUGGGACGAUCGCAACUCCGCCGUAACGCUGGCCGAGAAUCAUUUUGUCCAAUCGGACCACCAGCAGCGUCGUCCAUCGCAGAGGCGCUUCUCGAGCUACAUCAAUGAGCGGUUUUCGCCGCUACAGAAACGUUGGUUCGAGGCAUCGGACGAUACGGUCCAUCUCGGCAGCUCGAUGAAGAUCUUCGACGAACGGUACGGUGGUGGUCCGCGUCGGGGUUCGCUAGGGAGUGGAAGCGUCCCACUCACCGGCGGAGGUAAACUGCCAGCCCUCAGCGAAAACCAAGGUCUCACCGAUGAGACUUCCCAUCUGCCGUCGAUUGUGCGGCAACUCGAAAAUACCAAAGCUACCUCAUCACUAUCCUCACAACCCAAGGUGCCAAACGAUGCUUCCGCCGGCGAAAAGUCGGACGGAUUCUUUACCAAAGUGGUCAACACAUUUGACCUGACCCUGUUGCAAGAUAAAGUGUACCUGAACAUGAUGCUGGGUAUGUCGAUUGCCGUGUUUGCGGAAAUCAACUUCUCCCUGCUGACACCGUUCAUCCUGGGCGAUCUGGGAUACGGCACGGAACAGAUCGCUUCGAUCAUGUCGACGCUGGCGUUGGCCGAUCUGCUGUUCCGCUUCAUCAGCCCAUUCGUGGGAGAUUUCUUGAAGCUCAGCCCGCGCAUCAUGUACAUGAUCGCGCUAUCGAUGUUGAUAGUGACGCGAUUCAGCAUUCUGCUGGCGCGAUCAUACGACGAGAUGAUGAUCGUCGCGUUCGGGCUGGGAGUCGCCAAGGGCGUGCGAUCGGUGUACAUGAGCUUGGUCAUCCCGAGCUACAUACCGCUCAAGCGAUUACCGUCCGCCUCGAGCAUCCAAAUGACCACGAACGGGAUCGUGCUAAUGACGAUCGGACCGUGCGUGGGCGUGUUGCGCGAUUGGACCGGCAGCUACUCGAAGAGCAUCAUUCUCAUCAACGGAUUUACCAUCGUGACGCUGCUGAUGUGGAGCGCAGAGCUAAUAUACGUGCACCGGCGGCAAAACCGCGCCAAGCAGAAGAAAGUACCACCCACCGAUGCUGCUCCAACGAUCAUCGUUUCCUGAUACUCGCCUGGGCCAACGAUACUCUCGUCGUCUUCCCCGACCUGUGUUCUCAUCAGUGCUGUAACAAUAAACGAAACCGACGUCAAUCGAACCAAAGGGAGGUUUUUAAAAAUUACAGUCUUUAUAUUUUUCCCCUCUUAACACUGCUCAUUGUCCCCGCACUUGCAGUCGGACUCGUAACGAACACUCUCACACACACACACUUUGAUUCGUGCAGGAGUCAUGCAUAUUGAUACUAGAGCAAUAUCAUCCAUAACGAUAUUACGUUUGCUUUCCAACCCCAAAACGAACUAAUCGUACGACAAAGAUAGGUCUGCGUGUGGCGCGUGCGUGUGAAAUCUUACGUUUCGUUUGAAAUUUCUCAAAACUCAUCACACUGGUUCGAAUUCACCCCUAAGCGAGUGGAAAAAUGGCAAAAUGAAAUUAUUUACUCUACUAUCUAGGUUUGGUUUCGAGUCGUCGCUCGCAUUUCGCAUGAUUGUUCUCUCUCUCUCUCUCUCUCGUUCUCUCUCUCUCUCUCUCUCUCUCUCUCUCUAACGCCUUCGAUUGUUUUAUUUAGCUAGGAGCAAAACGCGUAUUCGUCCUUUUUACCCUCCACUCACCUGCCGAAUAACAAAACAACUGCCAUAGUGGCGAAUUCGAAUGGUUCCGUUACUCUUAGGACAUGCACUAGGACAUUCGGUUACACCUUCCGUUUUGAUUUCUCUACAUACUACGUACUAAUUAAAAGAUACCAUUCGUUCCCACCCAUCAGCUCUUGAUCAGCUGCAUACUAAUGCAUGCUGCUUUUGCCAUACUUAGAAAAAUCCACCUUCUUCUAGCGUCUGUCUAGCGUUUGCGGUCAUUUGUUCCUAAUUUACUAUAUCGUCUUGCGCUGCCCCCCCCCCCCAAUCACUAAGCGAGUCGGCCUAUCGGUAAACAUUCGAUACGGUUACGAACAAAACGAAGGUACUGUACAAAAUAUUUUGCGGAGGUUUUCACCACCUUCUCGCCCUCGGUAUCGUUGUAUCGUUAUUUGUCGAUCGAUGCCUUGCGGCCUCCUGCUGCACGCGAGAGUUACCAUACUUUGUGUCAGCGUUAUGUUAAAAAAACCUGUUUUUUCCAAUCCACCGAACUUGUACUGGAGAUGCAACAGGCGUUACAGUGUGAGGAAUUGAUUGGGAGACCUUUCCAUACGGCAACCCUGCUUGCAUAGCUGCACACGCUGCCUUUUGCGAUUUAUAAGCCUAAUUAUUCCUAUUAUUGUUAAUGUCUGAGUUUUGUUGUUCGGUCGUUCGCUGUUCGCUGCCUGCCAGAAUGUGGCGUUACACGUAAUAUCUCUUCCCAUGCCAGCUGGAGCUGGUUAGUUGUGGUACAUAAAAUUAAAACCAUAGCUUCACGCUAGAGGAGUAGCUGCACGGGCAACGUGGGGAAAGAAGGGAGA